AUGCGUUCACAGGCCAUCACCAUCACCCUUCAGGUCCUGGGUGGGUUCGCAGCCGCCGGCGCUGGGACGGCGCGUCCCUUGAUGGCCGUCCUCUUCGGCGACUUAGUCAAUCUGUAUAACAGCAAGAGAGGGGAUGAGGGACUGGCGCAUUUGAAGCACGAAAUCAACAGCAAGGUCCUUCUACUUCUGUUCGUCUUCAUCGGGCAAUGGAUUCUCGUGUGCGCAUACGGCAUUCUGUUCUCUAUUGCGGCGAUGCGUUACACUAUGCGGAUGCGGGCGCUGUACCUCAAGGCCGUCGUGUCCCAGGAUAUCGAGCAGGUCUCCGAAUCGAAUGCGGCCACCGACCUAUCCGUGAAUGCUAGCGUCAUUGAGGACGCGCUUGCGGAGAAAUUUGGAACGAUCCUGCAGGCGGCGUCAACGGUCAUAACUUCAAUGGUUAUCGCCUUCUACUGGAGCUGGCGGCUCACACUGGGCUUGGUUUUCGUGAUCGUGGUCCUGAUACUGAAGGAUGUCAUCACUGCGACGAUCGAUGCCAGGCUGGAACGGCGCAUCCAAGCUGUUGAAGCGGAAGCAACGAUGCUGGCCGAGGAGUGUAUCAGCGGCAUCCGCACGGUGACCGCAUGCCGGGCGAGCUCGAAGUUUGCGAGUCGUUAUGCAGACAUCCUGGACAAGGCUAAGAAGACCGCAUUCCUGAAAAGCCCUGUUGUGGCAUCUCAGUACGCCAUCACAUACUUUGCCGUCUUGUCCGCUUACGCAUUGGCUUUCUGGUACGGAACGCGAUUGUUGAGGAAAGGAGAAAUCGACAGUGGCGGAGCCAUUUGCAUCGUCCUUAUCUCCUUGAAUACCGGCAUGAAUGCACUGCGGCUACUUCUGCCACUGUACGGCGUUGUAUCCAAGGCUAGAGCUGCGCACUCAUCGCUGAAAUCGGUGAUGAACACGCAAGCGAGACUGGAUCCUUUCUCGAAGGAGGGAACGCCCCUCAAUGCGUUAUAUUCACGCAUUGAGUUCCAUGACGUAGACUUCGCGUAUCCAAGUCGUCCGACCGUGAAAGUACUCAACAAGCUCAAUCUCACAUUUGGGGCAGGAAAAAUUACCGCAGUGAUCGGUCCCAGUGGUUGUGGCAAAAGCUCAAUCGUCGCUCUGCUAGAACGCUUCUACAAUGCAUCUUCUGGUCACAUCAGAAUCAAUGGAGCGGGAAUCGAAAGCUACAACGUGAAGUCGCUCCGGAGCAAUGUCAGAGUUGUGCAACAAGAUGCAGUGCUAUUCAAUGACACCAUCUUUAACAAUAUUGCCCAUGGCCUAAUCGGUAGUCCGUACAAUGACUUGUCCGACAGAGAGAAACGCAGGCUCGUUAUAAAAGUUUGCAAGGAUAUGCAGGCCCAUGACUUUAUCUCUCAAUUGCCGGACCGCUAUGAUACGAUCGUUGGCAACCGUGGCAGCCUUCUCAGUGGCGGUCAGCGACAGCGCAUUGCGAUAGCACGCGCUAUUAUCUCGAAUCCUGUCAUACUCAUUUUCGACGAGGCGACAUCGGCUCUGGAUGCCGACUCUGAACGCCUUGUGCAAGCCGCCAUUGACAGAGUCUCUCGAGGCAGAACUACGAUCAUCAUAGCCCACAAGCUUGCAACGGUGAAGCGCGCCGACCGGAUAGUGCUGAUGAAAGACGGUUCUGUGUCUGAAGAAGGCACGCACGAAUCCCUGCUCCGGACGAGCGAUGCCUAUGUCAAGAGCUGGAUGGCGCAAAACCUGGCCGCUGAAGAACGCUCGACGGAAAAUCAACGAUUCUCCGAUGGGUCUCGCACAUCCGACUCAGUGGCUUCUAGCGCGGAAAAGUUCAAGGAGUACCCAGAAAAGGAACCGCAGAGCGUUCAAGAGGACGAUGCAGUUAUCGACAUGACACAGGAUCACCCGAUAUCCUUCUUUCACUCUGUCCGAUACAUUGUUUCGGGAAGCAGAGCACUGCAAUAUGUCUGCGCCGCAAGCAUGAUCGUGUGCGUCAUCACCGGAGCCAUCUAUCCCCUACAAGCGAUCAUUUUCGGCAACGAUGUUGUCUCGUUCCAAAUGCCCGAGUCGGAUAUGGUGCGAUCCAUCAACUUCUGGUCUCUUAUGUUCUUCGUCCUUGCGCUGGUCUCCCUGUUUGCCUUCUUUGCCCUUGGGUCCCUCUCUUCCAUAGCAGGAACCAUCACUUCACGUGUGCAUCGCGAGAAAUACUUCCGUGGACUCAUCGCACAACCUAUGGCUUUCUUUGAGAAGACCACGCACACGCCUGGCUUCCUAGUAACGGGUCUUUCGUCACACCCCAGUCACCUCCAAGGGUUCGUCGUUAUCCUAAGCUCGCUUGCCGUCACUACAGUCAACUUGAGCUCGGUUUCUGUGCUCGGCCUUAUCGUUUCCUGGCGAUUCGCUCUAGUAGCUAUCUUUGGAGCCGUCCCAAUCAUCUCCAUAGCUGGCUUCCUGCGCAUACAAUCCCAGUCAAGGAAGAGCCGAAGCCUAUCAGACCCGCUCUUAGAUAGUGCACAGUAUGCGGCGGAGGUGAUCGGGAAUAUUCGAACGGUAUCUUCCUUCGCCAUGGAGGCUGAGGUGUGCAGCAUGAUGGCCCGGAAGAUGAAUAUGUCGCUGCGGCCGUUCUACAAGAACACAUUUGUUACUAUGCCACUUUUUGCGUUUUCGCAUAGUGGCAAUAUGUUAGGAGUUACAUUUUCUUUUUGGUAUGCCGGGACUCUUCUCGUGCAGCACAAGAUAAGUGCAUUGGACUUGUGGAUUAUCUAUUUCGGGAUAGUCACUGGCGCUGAAGCGACUAGUGAGUUCUUUGCUAGCGCAAAUAGCAUCAUCCACGCCCGUUCGUCCUGUAGUCGAAUAUCUAGCAUCUCUUCCGCAUCAACCAAUCGGACAACCAGCCCCAAGCCCCUACAAUCCGAAAAACCAGUCUCCAGCUCCAUAACCUUCGACCGUGUCUCCUUCUCCUACCCCAACGUCCCCGAUAACCCCAUUCUACACGAAAUAUCCUUCCAGGUGCCGCAUGGCCAAACCAUCGCCAUCGUCGGGCCCUCGGGCUCUGGCAAGUCCACCAUCAUCUCUCUGCUCGAGCGCUUCUACCAGCCAAGUCUCGGCCAGAUCCGCAUCGGCGGCGUCCCCCUAGGCGACACAGACAUCGACACGUAUCGCGACCACGUCUCGCUCGUGUCGCAGGACACGCAGCUCUUCAAGGGCACCGUGCGCGACAACAUCCUGCUCGGCGUCCCCACAGGCGAGGAAUCCGAAGAAACGAUGUUGAAAGCGGCGCGGGAAGCGCACAUCCACGACUUCAUAGCCAGUCUACCCGAAGGUUACGACACGCCAUGCGGACACAAGGGCUCCUUGUUUAGCGGCGGGCAGCGCCAGCGUCUUGCGAUUGCGCGCGCCCUGGUGCGGAAUCCGAGUAUACUUCUGCUAGAUGAGGCGACGAGCGCGCUGGAUACGGAGAGCGAAGGAGAGGUCAAGAAGGCGCUGCGCAAUGCGAGUGUAGGGCGCACGACGGUGGCGGUUGCGCACCGUCUGAGCACUAUUCGCGAUGCGGAUUGUAUAUACGUCCUUGCGGGGGGACGCAUUGUGGAGCGGGGGACGCAUGGGGAGUUGUCGAGGGCGAGGGGCGUGUAUUGGGGGAUGUGUCAGAGGCAGGAUAUAGAUUAG